AUGGCCACGCCGUCACAUGUUACUCUGCCCGAUCUUCGGCACAUUAUCAAGCCUUGGCAACCAGAACCCCAGCAGACAUACAUCUUUACCAACGCCAAUAUAAUCGAUCCUGUCACCGGGAGCAUCACCGAAAACACAUCAGUGAAGCUCUCCGGCGGUACCAUCCGUAUUGACCUGAAUGGCAAGUUUAUCUGCCCCGGUCUUAUCGACUGCCAUGUGCAUAUCGCUGCUGUCCCAGGAUCUGCAAGCCUACGAGACCUGAAGGAUCUCAGCGAUAGCCUCAGCCUUCUCCGUCAGCCAAGCGUCUGUCAAUCCAUGCUGAACCGAGGAUUCACAACGGUACGAGACUGUGGAGGGGCAUCCCUGGCAUUAAAGGACUCAAUCCAGGAGGGUGUGAUACCCGGGCCACGAUUGUUCAUUGCCGGACACGCUCUCUCACAGACAGGUGGUCAUGGAGAUCGUCGCCAACAGCACGACCCCAAUGAAUGCUGUGCGGGACACGUGAACGGCAUUGGACGUAUUGUGGACGGUGUGGAACAAUGUCUGAAAUACGCUCGCGAGGAAAUACGACAAGGAUCAGACUUUAUCAAAAUCAUGGGAGGGGGCGGUGUCGCCAGUCCAUCGGACCAGAUCCACCAUCUCCAAUUUUCCGACGAAGAGAUCAAAGCCAUUGUCACUGUAGCUAACAAUGCGGGAACGUAUGUCACUUCCCACGCGUACACACCGCAGGCCAUCCAACAAGCAAUCCGCCAAGGGGUGAAGGGAAUCGAACACGGAAAUCUCCUCGAUAAGGCCACCGCGAAGUUGAUGAAGGAGCAGGGGGUCUUCCUUACACCGACUCUAGUAACGUACGCAACAAUGGACUCGCCGGAGUUCCGCGGGUUCAUGCCCCCGGCUUCGUCCCAGAAGAAUCGCGAGGUGCUGCACAAGGGGUUGCAUGCACUCAAGCUCGCUAGCGAAGCUGGUGUAGAUAUAUGUUUCGGAACAGAUCUCUUAGGGCCACUGCACUUUGCACAGAAUAAAGAGUUCGCUAUCCGCAGCAGUGUACAGACAGCCUUGGAAAUCCUCCAGAGUGCCACUAUUACCCCUGCUCGCCUGCUGAAGCAAGACAGGUUUCUUGGACAAAUUGCGCCUGGAUUUGCCGCUGACUUUCUUGUUCUUAACGCAAAUCCAUUGGAGGAUAUAGCUGUGCUUGAUAGGUUUAACGAUCAUGUACUAGCGACGUUCAAGGACGGGCGUGUGCUAGCGUCACGGUGGAGUCAACUUGAUGUUGUGGCAAUUCCGCUGCCAAAGAUAGAAUGA